AUGUUGCAUGUCCUUCAGUUCGGCGUGUGGCUUCUUAAAUUGCCAUCACGGAUUCCGAUUUGGAAGCAAAGCGAGCCGGUGGGCUGCUCGUCCUGCGGCUCGCAGUCGGCCAAACCGCGGUGCUGUCGCGCCAAGCGCGCGGAGCUGUCCAACAACUUUAUGCGCGACAUGGAGUGCCGAGUGCUGUCCAUCCAGAGUCAUGUAGUGAGGGGCUACGUGGGGAACAAAUCUGCGUCCUUCCCUUUACAGGUGAUGGGCUUUGAAGUGGACUCCAUCAACUCUGUACAGUUCUCCAACCAUACAGGUUACGCGCACUGGAAGGGACAGGUAGUGACGGCGGACGAACUCCAUGUGUUGUAUGAGGGAAUCAAGCUCAACAACGUCAACCACUAUGACUACGUACUGACAGGUUACACCAGGGACACAUCUUUUCUGGAGAUGGUGGUGGACAUCGUACAGGAACUGAAGAUGGCCAAUCCUAAUCUUGUAUACGUGUGUGACCCUGUCCUGGGUGAUCAUGGUUCAAUGUAUGUGCCUCAGAAUCUGUAUCCAGUCUAUAAGGACAAAGUGGUACCAGUGGCAGAUAUCAUCACUCCUAACCAGUUUGAGGCAGAGCUCUUGACAGGAAAGAAUAUCAGCACAGAGAAAGAUGCAGUAGAGGUGAUGGAUCUGCUCCAUAAUAUGGGUCCGGACACAGUGGUCAUCACCAGCUCUGAUCUGCCACCUCGCCUCGGAGACCGCUUCCUGGUUUCGCUCGGCAGCCAACGCAUUGCGAUGCCAGACGGCACGUUCACGACCCAGCGGAUCCGGAUAGAGGUGCCCAAAGUAGACGCAGUGUUUGUUGGGACAGGCGACCUGUUUGCAGCUAUGCUACUGGCUUGGACACACCACUACCCUACAGACCUAAAGAUGGCGUGUGAGAAAACGUUCUCCGUCAUGCACCAUGUUAUUCAGAGGACCAUUUCUUAUGCCUUCGAGAUGGCAGGUCCUGGCAGAAAACCGAGCCCAGCCCAGCUAGAGCUACGAAUGAUUCAGAGCAAAGCAGACAUCGAGGAUCCAGCCAUCGUAAUGGAAGCCACUGUUCUAUAGAAACUCCAUAUACACAGACAGACACACUCACACACACACAAACACACACACACACACACCAUUCCCCUCUUCCCUAUGCCACAAUCGCACAAUGUAUAGAUGUUGUACAUUUUUGGAUCUGUAAUGUGACAUUGCCUUAGAAAUCUUGAACAGAGCACAACAUUUCAUUCGGAGGGAGAAAUAGCAGGGUACGGCCACAUCGACGAGCUGAGAGAGAGAGAGAGAGAGAGAGAGAAGGGCAGAAUGCUGUGAUGAAAGAGAGGAGAGAGAGAGAAAAAGUUCUCUUUUCAGCUAUUUUACUCUCUAACCAUGUCUCUUUCUCUGCACUCAUCUCAAACCCCUGUUUGUCCUGCACAUUGAAGAAGCAGUCGAAUGCCUGUUUAAUCAAAUUUACCUGAGAAACUGUUAUGACUGAAACAAGCUAAAGUGACGUCGUUAAUUAGCAUAUCAUUAAGCCAUCAUCCUUAAGGGAUAUGUGUUUCCUGGAGAUCGUGUUACAAUUAAAUCUUCACAAUGAAGUAUUAUGUGAUAAACUGUAGGCCAGCUUUGUAUGCCCCUCUUGCAUGGAUGUUCAGGGGAGAAAUGCAUCGAUUGUUAUUUUAUUGCAUGAAUACAUGCUUUAAAAAAUCUUUGAUGUCAUGUACCAUUUUUUUUUUAAUUUCUCAUUUAGGUUUGCAUGCUUGAAAUGUGGGACUAGCAUUUCAACAUGUUAUUUUUAAAUGGUCUUAGAAAUGUCUAUGCUGCUGUUGUUUCAUUCCAUGUUUUAAAGAUUUACAAGAAAGAAUAUUUUACAAGAAAUAAUCUAAUGCCACGUUUGCUAGCUAACGUUAGGCUAAACUAGGUUUGCUAGCUAAUUACUGUAUUGGCUGCUAGCAAGCUAGCUAAUAUUUGGUCAACUAUUAUCUUGUGUAAACCAGUAGCUAGCAAGCUAUGUAACAUUUGGCUAGCUAUUAUAUUGUUAAAAAAAAAAAAAACAGUAAUCAAUGUUGCUAGCAAGCUAGCUAACACAAGGCUAACUAUUAUAUAGUGUAAAGCAAAUUGAUCUGUGAACUGGCAGUGACUAAAUUCGGUGCUAACUGUCUCUGCCUACAAAAUAUUGUGUUUAUUCACACUUUUUAUUUACUCAACUUUCAUAUCAUGAAGGAGAAUGACUGAUUCCUAAAAUCAGCUUUAGCCUUUCACAAAAAUUCAAGUGUUUUUUUGUAUUUUCUCUACUAUCUCUUACCUUCACUAACUGGACUCAUUAGCUUAGCUCUGCAGUUUAAUAGUUUAAACAGCGAUAUAUAGCAGACAUACUGUAUCAGUCCUUUAGACAGAUUUAGUCAUCUUUACUCAUUUUUGUCCCAUCCAUCAUUCAACACUUCUUCUCAUUUCUGUUUUGUAUUCUCAUUCAUCAUUCAUCUAUGCUGGCCAUGUGUGACAUUUUCCUUUCCAAGGACCUGUGACCCUAAGCUUGUGUUGUUUCGGAAAUCAUGUCCAUGUGCAGGACCACUCAGGGGUCAGUGUUGCUCUCGAUGUUGCACUUCCUCCUCACCUUUUCAUAAAAGCGAUGAUGUAUUAAAUCUAUGGUCUAGCGUGUAUCUGUACCUGUGAACGUUUGAACGUGUUUAAGGGGGUGGAAGAAUUGUGUGUACAUGUGUGUAUAUAUCUGUAUACAUAUUUGUGUCCUUAGGUAAGAUGUGAAGGUGUAAUGGGGUAUUUUGGGGACGUGUGUAUUUAAAAAAAAAAAAAGAAAAGAAAAAAAAAAAAAAAGAUGCUUAUCGUAUUGAAACCUGAAACUUUCUGUGUGAGGGCAGCUGAACUAAAUGAUCCAA